AUGGCGAAGCUAAAAUAUAGAAUCCGCGUCCUGCUGGGCGACCAAGAGCUCGUCCUGCUCGUGCCCGCGGCGCCGGAGACGACCGUCGGCGAGUUGCAGACCGAGGUCUUGGCACGCGCGCGCAGGCAGGGCAUCAUUGGAUCUGCCUGCGCAUUCUCCGUCGACGGCGCGUUACUCGAUGAAUUGGAUUCCGUAGAGGACGUUCUCGAGGUCGAGCAGACGAUCGAUGCCAGACUAUCACCGCCGCGCGAGUGCAGCUGGUCCGCGGCCGAUUUGGCUGCAUUGGUAGGCUUCAGCGACUUGCUCCGCGACACGAUCGUCGAGAACCACGCGAGUCUCGCCGCGUUCCGGCGGUCGCCGGACGGCUACCUCCUGUCUGCGUCUUCGCGAGUCACGCCGGCGAAGCGCUCCGCUCCUGACGCCGACGAGAAUUGUGUCGCGGCGCCUGCUCCGGCGGACGAAGACGAGAGCGACGCUGGGGAGCCGGCCGACGAGGACUCUGUCGCGGCGCCGGCUCCGGCUCCGGCGGACGCCGACGAGAGCGACGACGAGCAAUACGUCUGGCCCGCGGGUGCGCCGCGCGGCGACGCGCUAGUCGGGUCCCGCAUCCGCAUUUGGUGGCCCCACGAUCGAGCCUGGUUCUCUGGAUCUGUCAACGCGUUCGACGGGAGCCGGCUCUACGAGAUCACAUACACGGACGGUUCCCUGUGGGACGAGGACCUCGCGGAGAGGAGGUGGGAGCUCCUCGACGAGCGCGGUCUCGCGCCACACGAGCAAGAGUUUUUGCGGGUUGAGCGCUUGAGACUGGCGGGAAAGGCGAGCCACAAGAGUUCGAUGGACGGCGGUAUAUAUCGGCAUUUCUACGAGCUCUGCGGCGCGGUGAAUCCUGAUAAGGAGCAAAAGAAGUCGUUGCGAGAACGAACCCGCCUGAUUAUUGAUCCCUUCCUUGGCGCGCCCGUGGCGGAUGCUGCUGACGAGGAGUCCGACGGCGAGGAGUCUGAGGAACGCCGUCUCGCGCCGCACGAGAGGGAGUUUUUACGGGUCGAGCGCCUGAUUGCGGCGGGCGAGGCGAGCAGACAACAAGGCGGCGCGGCAGGCUCGGUAUACUCGCGCUUCUACGAACUCUGCGGCGUGGUGAAUCCUAGCCACCAGCAAAAGAAGACCUUGAGGUUGCGGGCUCGCGACGCCGUCGCGCAGUUCCUUGACGCACCCGUGGCGGAUCCUGGUGGCGCUGCUGACGAAGAGUCCGAUGACGCGCCUCCGCCGCGAAAGCGCGCAGCGCCGGCCAGCGCCGAGACUUCGGAGAGGACAUCGCGGCCGCGGCGCGGCCAUGGGUCGGCGGAGGUCGUGUCGGAGAAGGACUUUGGUGGACUGUGGGCGCAGCUCACGGCGAAGGGCUGGAAGGUAUUGACGAAGCCGGGGUAUAUUGCCCCGGGCGACCCGCGUACCUGGAUGUGGUGCGCCCCAGACAUCGUCGAGCCCCAGGCCACUUCUGGUGUGUUUCAACUACGUUCCCGGGACGCGGGCAAGAUAGGGGAAAGCAUCUUCCUCGACAAGGACGACCUCUGGGUCUGGGCGGUGCGCAAGGGCCUCGUCGCUGCUGCGCCGCGGCGCCGCGCACGCGUGGACUCUAGCGAUGACGAAUCCGCGCCGCCGCCGCGCCGCCGCGCGCGCACCGAGGGAACAGCGCCGGACUAUCGCGAUCCAGACUCCAGCGAUAACGAAUUGGCGCCGCGCCCCGUGCGCACCGAGGCGCCGGACUACCGGGAAUCGAAGGGUACCAGCGGUCGGCUCACGUUCCGCUACGAAACACCCAUGUGUGGAAAAUGUCGAAAUUGUCUCGACAAACCCAAAUUUGGCGGCUCGGGAAAGGGCAAACAGGCAUGUGUGCUACGGUUGCGAGAGCGGGCCGAGCUCUUGGAAGCUGGAAGCACGCACCCGCCGCCGGUGCGCCGCCGGCGGGACCCCAACGAACCGUGCACGAUCUGCUUCUCCGUCGUGGCCGAAGCCGAUGCGGUAUAUGGCUCGGACGUCUGCUCGCACGUGUUCCAUCGCGAGUGCAUCGAAGGCUGGGCGCGGGAAUGCGCUGAGCGGCCGCACAACGUCGCGACGCGGCGCGGCGUGCGAGUGCCGUGUCCGAACUGCAAGAAAGGACAGCGCGUCGUGGCGAGUACUAUGAGCGACGAAGACGGCGGUAGUGAUAGUGAUGCGUCCGACGGCGACGGUUGCGAGGGCGAAACAACGGAGCUGAUGGCUGAGGCGCCUGCUUUGGUUGGCGGAGCGACGCGGUCCGGCCAGUUUGGCGUCGGCGCUCAGGUAGAGGUUGUUGAUGAUGCUACGGUCCGCGGAGUUAUUGUCGAUUGCCGGCAGUCCUGGAAGGAAGUUGCGACGACGAGCGGCUCCAUAGUGCUAAUAAGAUCCCCUCAGCUCGCGCGAGCGACGCUCACGGACGAGGAGGCAGCGCGCUGCACUCGCCCAAUCUCGCGGAAGGACUACGUACAAGCUCGCAUCGACGGCGUGAUUCGAUUUAGCCACGGCGGUAACGACUUCAGGAACUGCUAUACGUGUGCGGACGGCACGGAGCGGCGACAGUUCGAGGUCUCUGGAAAUCAUGUGAGGUGCGCCCUCUGCCCUGAAGCACGGUGGCCAUUGGGUAUCGAUUGUAGCGAACUCAUGAGGAAUUUCAAGCGCCACUGUGGCCAAUUGUCAGACGGUGAACGGAGACCCGCGGCUCCAUUGCACCUCGAGCGCCUUGUCUCGGCCGCCGCCGCGCCCGGUACGCCGCCCGUCGCAUCCGCAGACGAGGCCAAGAUGGUGCUCGGAAUCUCCUUAGCCCAGGCGGUCCGGCUCGCGGAAGCCGCCGCUGCCGGCCGCCUCAUCCCGAUCCGAGGGGAGUCUUCUUCCGCGCCCGAUUAGUAGUAAGUUCUUGUUUUAUGGAAACCGUCUGCACGUUUGCGCAACCCGCGCGCGCGUCGUUCCUGUCCAUUCACCUUUGCUGGGCCAAAAAUCGAGCGUACAAAGCCGCGUCCACAAUUGACUGUCGCCAAUGGGCCGAACUAACCUACUUUUGACGCAUGCGUCGUAACGCGAACCGUGGCGCGAUCGUGAGCCAAAAACUUGCAAAACCAAUGAGAGUGGCCAGUAACUGAGGCGACCGAGGACAGCGCGCGUGAAACUGUCGGCCGCGGCUGCACGCGAACAGAACGCGCAUCCCGCGCAGGCUAAAUUCAUCAACGAUGGAAGGUCUCAUGGGCGCGGCGAAGGAGGCGAUGGGCGGCGGCGAGGCGCCGCCCCACGACCCGGCCGAGGCCGAGGUGCCGGCCGUGUCGAUAAUCACAGACGACAGCAGACCCGACGCUGAUCGAUUGUCACGCAGGCCGCGAUCAACGCCGAGGCCGACAAGGCCGGCGCCGCGGGCAACAGCGACCUCAUGGCCAAGCUCAAGGCCGCGGCGACGAACAAGAAGAUCCAAGGGGCCUUCAUGGACGUGAAGAACAACGGCGUCUCCGCAGCGAUGAAGUACAAGGACGACGGUCGCGCGCUGCGUAGAAAUCAAUUGCAACGCGCUACACGCCAUCGACGCGAUGUUGGCCCCGUGAAUGCGUCGGCUCGAUGGCGUGGGACUCACUGGUUUAUCUCCGCACAGCCGAGGUGACGGGCAUCCUCAAGGACGUCUUCAUGUCGUGAACUCGUGAACGCGGCACACACGACGCGUACGCACGGCGACGG